AUGGACAAUCCUCCUCCUCCACAAGUGGUUACUUAUGCCGCUGCUGGGCUUGCCACAGUAGUGCUGAUCCUCCUCUCUCGCCGCCUCUUUCGCCGCAAACUCAAACUUCCACCAGGCCCAAAACCAUGGCCUAUAAUUGGAAACUUCAACCUUAUGGGGAAAAACUACACACUUGAAUCGGAAAAAGGAAAAGUGUAUACACCACAUGAGUUUAAGAAAAUUUUAGAUGAGCUGUUCGUGCUAAAUGGGGUGUUAGAAAUUGGAGACUGGAUCCCUUGGCUUUCUUAUUUUGAUUUGCAAGGGAAUGUUAAGAGAAUGAAGGCUGUGGCCAAGAAGAUCGACAGGUUCAUGGAGCAUGAAUUGCAGGAACAUGAUGCUAGGAGAGCAGGGGUUAAGAACUACGUGGCUAAGGAUAUGAUGGAUAUCCUUCUACAACUUUCCGAAGAUCCCACUCUUGAUGUUGAAUUUGGAAGAACCGGGGUCAAGGCACUCACACUGGUAUGUUUUAUUGACCCCUUUAUUUAA